GAAUGGAAUCGCAGAUCAAGCAUGCUGUGGUGGUCAAAGUGAUGGGUAGAACUGGAUCAAGAGGGCAGGUGACUCAAGUGAGAGUCAAGUUUCUCGAUGAUCAAAAUCGUUAUAUUAUGAGGAAUGUCAAGGGACCAGUGAGGGAAGGAGACAUUCUUACCCUGCUGGAGUCUGAGAGGGAAGCUAGAAGGUUGCGUUGAUGGGGGACUCUGCCAAGGUCCCAGUUCUCCGAUUUGCAAUUGUUGAAUGUAGAAUGGCUGUUUUCAUUUUCCCCUAUUUGUGUGAUUCUAGUGAUUAGUGUGUCCAAGACAUUUGGUUCUAAGGCAGAAUACGUGAACUGGAUGAGUUAUUGAAUGGAGUUUUGAAAGCAUCAAUUUUGCUUAUUAUGGAGUUUCUGUCAAUUUUUGUGGUUGUUUA